GUUGUUGUUAGUUAUUUUAUCAUGUCUUUAUUGUUAACAAAGACUUGUGAAUAUGCCAUUUUGAUUAGUUUACAACAAGGACGCCAUUUUAAAGGGGAGACCAUCAAGAUUGAAACAGAACUCGACUUGAAAUUACCACCUUCUAUUGAUGACUUGAUACCCCAAAAGACCAGUAUAACAACACCCCCUACUAAAAUAGACCCAGAAGGCAACUGUAGUUUCAAUAUUUCACUUGUGUAUUAUGUCUCAUUCAAACAACUGACUCGAUUAAGAAAGUUAAAUGCCACAAUCACACUCAAGGUACAACUCGACCAUCACCAAACUGAACUCAAGUUGUCCAUGUCCGAUGCAAAAGAAGUCGUACCUCAGUCAGGCCAUAAAUUAGAUCAAAUCUACAAAUUUGUGUCUGAUAAAGGUAGUUGGUGUACACUGGCUGAUAAACAACAAUUAAAAGUAGGCUUAUUCUAUGUUGCCAUGCCAGACACAAAUACCAUUGUGGCCAAUACACCCUCAAUGCAACUCAGGUCACCACCACCUACACCCAUGAUACCAUCUACCAACAAAAAGAAAAAAAAGACCAUGUCGAGUAUUUUAGGUGCAAACAACAAGAAGAAAAAGACAAAAGAACCACCUGUGCUUAGGAGAACAACUUCCUCUUUAGUCGAUCUGAAUAUUGAAGAAUUAGCAGACGCAUUGAAAAAGGUCAAUUUGUUUCAACCCACACCAUCUCCAUCUCUUUCUUUACAACAACAAUCCUAUCAUCAGAUUGGUAAAGGAUCUUCACAGUACACUUUUUAUUUUCGUAUCAUGUAUGCAGAUCAUAUCAAGUCUGUCUUGAAAGAUUCACCUAAACGACUCAAGAAACCUUUUAUCAGCUAUACUUUCUUGACUCACUAUACACUGGUGCCUGCUGCUUCUAUCUCCACAUCCUCCCUGACACACAUCAAAUCAUGCUAUCAAUUCAGAGGCCAUUUAGUAGACAUUCAGGAUUGGUUAGAUGAUCAAGAUCAUCUUGUGCUAGAUUAUGUCUUGAUGGACAAAUGGUCCAAGCAGACCAUGGGUAAAUCACAUGUAUCCUUAAAGGGCAUUGCAUUCACUACACCCUCAGAUAGAUCUUGUCCAGUCUAUAAUCAAGACAAAGAGAUAUUGGCUACCAUCACUGUCAGAAUCAGACUGGUGAGUGGAUGGCAUACAGAAGAAGCAUUUGGUGAAGAUAUCCGUAAACGAUCCAAUCAAGAAGAAUCCUUGCUAUCCCCUACCAUGGUAGAUGCAUGGGAUAUGUUACCCAACAAAAGACAUCAUUCCCAGUCCAGUGUACCUACUCUCUUGACCAGUUCUACAUCUACUCAAAGUUCGCGUGUACCACCCUCUAUUCAUCUUGUCAGGCCCACAAGUGAAAAAAGACGAAAAACCCAUGUAAAUAAUAAGUACCAUCAUAAUAUUUAAUUGUAGUUAUGACAAGAUAAAAUAUGUUCUGCUUGUCCAACAAUAUCCUGUAGUGAAUGUGUGAGUUUAGACAACAAGGCUGUCUGUUCUGGAGAUACUCUUCUCCUUAGUCUUUCAAGCCGAGUCAUGGCAUGAUCAAACUCUUGCAAAUCUUGAUAAGGGUUCUGUCUAUAGUCAUAUAAUGGAUCAAAUCGUUUUAGACUGGGUAAUUGUGGUGGUGGUGGUGGUGGUGGUGGUGGUGUUCGAGGAGGAGGAGGAGGAGGAGGAGGUAAUCGAUAAGACAAAGUGUGGGUAGACAUGGUAUUUUCACUUUGACUACGACGGUAUUCUUGAAAUGCU